GAACGGAGAGAUUGGGCUGGAACUCAGGGAAAAAAGGAGAUUUUAUGACCUUUGAAAGAAGAAGCAGGAAAUCUGGAAGAACUACAAGGGUGAUGUAAGGUUAUGCAGGGAUAAAAACAGAAGGGUCAAAGCACAACCAGAAUUUAAUCUGACUAGUGCCCUAGAAGACUGUAAUAAAAUAAAUAAAUAAAAACUAUUUCUGUAAAUACAUUACCAGCAAAAUAGCUGAGGAUAAUCCCCAUCCUUUAUUGGAUGUGGGGGUAAAGAGUGACAAGGAAUGAGGAAAAGACUGAGGUGCUUAAAGCCUUCCUUGCCUCAGUGGCAAAUUAAUAGCAAGAUUGGUUUUUUUCGGGGUACUCAGCCCUAUGAGCUGCAAGAGAGGAACAGGGAGCAGAAUGAAGCCCCCAUAAUCCAAGAGCAAAUGCUCAGUGACCUGCUAUACCACUUAGAUAAACUCAAGUCUAUGGGGCCAGGUGGGAUUCACAGGAGAGUAGUGAAGGAGCUGGCUGAAGAGGUCCCUGAGUCACUGUCCGUCAUUUACCAGCAGUCCUGGCUAACCAGGGAGGUCAAAUGCAACACCUAUCUACAGGAAAGACCAGAAAGAGAAGCCAGGGAUCUACAGGCCUGUCAGCCUGACCUCAAUGCUGGGGAAGGUUGUGGCAUAGAAGGUCAUUUUGAGUGCCAUCACACAACACACAAAAGGACAAUCAGGGGAUCAAGCCCAGGCAGCAUGGGUUGUGAAAUGCAGGUCCUGUUUAACCAACCUGAUCUCCUUUUAUGAAAAGGUGACCCACUAAAGUGUAGGAGGGAAAGGCUGCAGAUGUUGUCUACAUGGACUCUUAGUAAAGCCUUUGACACAGUUUCCCACAGCAUUCUCCUGGAGAAACUGGAUUCCUGUGAUUUGGAUGGGUGUAGUCUUUGCUGGGUAAAAAGCUGGCUGAAUACCUGGCCCAGAGAGUGGUGGUGAAUGGUGCUACCUCCACUUGCUGGCUGGUCACCAGUGGUGUUCCCUAGGGCUCAGUUUUGGGGCAAGUCCUGUUUAAUGUCUUUAUCAAUGAUCUGAACUAGGGUGUUGAGUGCACCCCCAGUAAGUCUGCAGAUGACAUCAAGUUGGGUGGGAGUGUUGAUCUGCUGGAGGGCAGGAAGGCUCUGCAGAGGGAUCUGAACAGGCUGGAUCAAUAGGCCAUAGAAUUAUAGAGAACUUGUAAAGAGUCUUUCCACACAGAAGAGCCUGAAUUGAAAAAAAUCAGAUGAAUGUUUGCCAGUUAAAGCUGAGCAGAAUUAGAAGGAUAAUUAAAACUUCAGUAUAUUGUACAGAAGGAAUAUGUGGUCAUUGGGCUAGGAAACUAAGUAUUUUAAUUAACAUGGCUAAAAAUAAGUCAUAGCAAUGCAUUAUUUUGAAAUCUGUAUAUGACCAAGCCAUACUAAUGUAAAGUAGUCUGACCUUAAGAUCAUUAUAUAAUUUUCAGGGCGAAAAAUUAUUCUCAGAAUCAAGAGCAGAGAGAAAUAUGUAAAGAUUUAGUUGUUUUUUCAAAGAUUUUAGCUACAGAAAUAGAUGCUUUUCCUGAGCAUGAGUGAAUGAAUGCUGAUGCCCUUUCUUCUCUCUUCUAAUUAAACACUUCCCACUUCACUUCUGCUCUGCCAGCUCAGAUGAAAGUUUGGAAGUCAACAAAGAAGCAAACUGCAAGAAGAUAAAGAAAAACGGAAAGAUGGGGGAGGAGAUAAACAGUGAUGGAAUAUAUGGGAAUAAAAGGCACAAAACAAAGAUGUACCCCAGUUCAUAUCAGGGUGACGAGAGGCCUAUCAAUAAACAACACUAGAGUCAAUGGUGUUUUUCAGAGUGUAUCAAUAUGGGCAGAGUGGAAAGGCUCCUCUGCCUUUUCUUAGCAUACUAUUUCACAAAGAUCUUUAUCUGUUCAAAGCAAUUUUAUUAUUUCAUAAUCUACCAUACAAUAUUUUCAGGCCUUUGCAAGGCUUGUAAAACUUGGUACUAACCACACAUAACAUAUUGUCAAACACACAGAUAUCAGAAAUUCCCUGAGCUUCAUAAUGCUAAAAGCAGAGUAGCUCUGCUACCGAGCAGUGACAGAGAGAAAAUACUGUUCUGACUCUCUGUGGCCAUCCUCCUGUAUAAUAAAGCAUUGCUUGUACUUUAAAACUGAAGAAAAAUAUCACUGAUUUUUAAAUGUUACAAGCAAAUAUUUCUUAAAACAUUUUCUAGGGGUAUUUAUUUAUUUGUACAUAAAUACAAAUCCUCACAUGGGGAUCCUCACUGAGGAUGAAGUAUUGAAGAAGAGAUUAUGAUUGGAUAUGAAUCCUGAAGUAGAGGUUGCACAGGACUUAAAUGUUCCAUCAAUUUUAAUUGUGGUUUGUUUCAAGGAUGGAAUCUGAUCAGAGUGGGUUCCAGAGUGGAUCAAGGAGCUCAAAAACUUAAGUGUUGGCUCAUCUUUAAAGGGCAAAUGCUAGAUUAGACACCAUCUAAAGGCCAUGCAGACAGACAGUACAACUUUCAGAUCCAUAGCAACAAUUAAUUCACUUAAUUCAUUACAGUUGUGACCUGAAUUAAUUAAUUAUUGUUAAUCCACAUAAACUCAAAUACAAACCUGUUGACCAGCCUGUUAUGCUUUUGUUUUCUUUAUUUUUAGAGCUCUGAGACACUGCUUCUGAUUCAUUCACAUUAAAACAUGAAGUAACAACAUAGUUUAUGGUUGGAUUGUUCCUAAUAAUUAAAAAUCAAGUUGUCUCUAUGCAAUUUAAAUGUGGCUAGCAGUACAGCUUCUAGUUAAUUCAUCUGUGCAAAAUGACAUCUGUGCAAAAUGAGCAUCUGCCUGUGUCUAUUUAAGCAACAUAAAUAAUCUACUGAACUGAAACUUCUUCAUAGUUCUCCAUCACUGUGCCUGUUGAUUAACCAAGGAAAUAUAAUUUAGUAACUAUGUCAUUUUAAUCAUUAUGGAAGAACUUUGUACUUUAUAAUUCAUACAUACAUACUUGCAAGUGUAAUAUGUUGGAGCAAAGUCCAGCAGAAUAAGCACAGUGUGAAAUAAGGAAUAUGCAAUUUUGCUGCAUUUGUGAUAGCAUGUUGGAGCUGAUUUAUUCACUUGGACUUAAGUAGCAGGCAAAGUACAACUGUUGAGAGUGAGCUCAUUUACUUGUGUUCUUCCUUGCCAGUCUUCACUUCAAAGAGGUAAGAUGCAUGCCCAGGGCUGUUUUCUUUGGGUGAUUUCUUAAUAAUUUAUAAUAUCAACUUCUAUUCUGGAAUUAAACAGAUAUGUAAAUAACUUCAAUGUGUAAAUAUGCGUGAAAAAAGAAAAGACUGACUCAUUCAAAAAUGCUAAAAGAAAGAUGAAACAGUUAAAAAAAUAACUCCAGGUUGAAGGUCAAAUUUCAUGAAGUUUAAUUAUGCUUGUGGGUUAAGUUUUGAUUUCAAGUCAUUUAAAAUUUAAUAGUUAGUAAUAGCAAUAAUAAUAGAAGCUUUCAGGGAAAAUGAUACAUGACAGUAGGAAAUACAGGCACAGCAAACUUAAAUGCUUUAAGGGAAGCACUGUGCCAAAUUUCAUGGAAGGUAAUUUUCCAAUUUAUUAUGAUCCUAAUGUCAAAUGACUAACUUUGCAUAAAACAGCAAAUUAUAUGCUAAUAGUAAAUCAUAGUUAUUACUGAAUAGUUUUAGGUAGAGUAGAAAAUUCUGUUUUGCUGGUGUUUUGUAUGGUAGGUAUAAAACUUAAGUCUCAAACAUGAGCUUUAUUAUGUUGAUUUAUCUUGAACAUUUUUUUAAAAAAUGUGCUGAAUAUUUUUUCACUCUGGAAAACUGUUUGCUGAAUCUGCUCUAAGUCAUUAGAUUUAUAAGGAAUGUGGUCUUGUUGCAACAUAAGCCACUGCAGAGGAUACUGGCCUCUGCAGACUGUGUGCUGACACUGGCAGGAAAUAAGCUCUGAUUGAAGAGCUGUUUGCUGGAUCUAUUUUCUGCCUUCAUCAAAGUCACUGUAGGGAGCCCAGUCCUUAAAAAUUAAAUUAAAAAAAAAAAUUAAAAAAUUAAAAAAGUUCGUCUAGAGACUAAAUAAAUGUGUCCUUUGAGAAUAUAGGAAACAUUCAUUAUCCUGAUUCAGUCUAAACUGUCAUUGAUACAGAAACUCCCCUUCAGAGAAUCUGGGAUUUGCCUAAGUGAGGACCGCAGGAUUUAGUCUAGUAAUAGCCUAAGCCUUCUUGCUGUAUCAGAUGGAGGGUUACAAGUUCUGUACCCCAAAAGGUGGAUAAAAUGAGGCUCAAAGCUGUUUUAAUUCAAUAUAUUGCACUCUUGCUUUUGGAGAGGCUAAAGGAAAGUUCUUUUUGAUUUGUUUAUUGAACUUUUGGGUUUUUAAUCUGAUUUAAACCUGUGACCUAUUAUUUAAACCUGUAGAUAGAAAUUCACAAAAAGCAGCAUAGUUCAGAUGUGCUUAAGUGAGUUUUCCAGUGCAUGGAAACAUUCCCAGCAUUAGGAAAACCAUGUCUUUGAGUACUGUUUGAGCUACAGACAGUCAGCAGAGAUAAUGUUACUGUUUCUGCCAAUUUGACCAUUGGUGUCUCUCCUUCACUGUAGUUUGGACUCAGGGAAUAAGAAAUUCAACUCUGAUAAAUAUAAGAUGUGCUUUUUCUUUUGUCAUUACAUUACUCUCAAUGGCUUUUUUCAUUGCCCAGCAUGGCACAAGGUGACAGAGGUGAGAGAUGUUCUAAGUGUCGCAGCACGGUUCUCUGUGUCACGGGAAUGACUAGUCAAAAAUGGGGUGUGAGAUACCAGGAAAGGAAAGGUACCUCAAAGAUGGAAGAAGCCAAUUUUGACAGAGGCCUACUAUUUUGAAGCUAGGUAUUUCAAAGCCUUUCUCCUUCAGGACUUCCACACUAAAAAUCCUAAAUAUUUCCAUUUUCAGCUCUGAUCUGUGUUACAGUUCUGUAUUUCUGCAGGAGAACUGACUCAGAAGGAAGAUGUUGACAAGCUCAGCAGGAUUUAUGCUGUUCUUGCUCUCUCAAUGCACUGUGUCACUGAGCACCAAAGAGGCAGUGGUCCUGGCUAAUGCCCACCUUCUCCCCCAGAGAGACUCUGAGAGACUGGGUAAUGCCAAUGAAAAAGACUAUCCAAGAGAUUGUUUUGAGAUUUUUCAGCGCUCCAAAGGAAAUUCCAGAGAUGGUCUUUACAUCAUCCAACCAAAAGAGGACCCUAUUGUUGUCUCUUGUAACAUGCAGGAUGGUGGCUGGACAAUAGUCCAGCACAUUACUGCCAACAGUACUGUCGACUUUGACAGGACCUGGCAGGACUACAAAUAUGGAUUUGGCUCUGUUCAUGAGAACCACUGGUUAGGAAAUGAAUAUAUGCAUCAGUUAACUAGCAGCUCUGUGCAAUAUAUACUUGGAGUUAAACUUGUAAACCUAAAUGCUGAAAUUAAAUGGGGACAGUAUGAACCAUUCCUUAUUGAAGGUGAGGAAUCUCAAUACCGCAUUAGGGUCGGUCUAUACAAAGGUAAUGCCACUGAUGCGCUGACCCUGGACACAGAAGCCUAUCUCCAUGACAACCAGAAGUUCACCACCAAGGACAGAGACAAUGACAAUUACUUUCUGAAUUGUGCUAAACUGGAACUCAAUGACAUUCCUGGGGGAGGCUGGUGGUACGACGCGUGUGCUGGAGCAAAUCUAAACCGUAGGAACAUGAUAUACUGGCAAAAAGACUGCAACAAGCAACGCCUAUGCAAGUUUGCAUGGAUGAUGAUCAAACCCAUUGAGCACCACCCGUCAUCUCCAUCAAAGUCCUGCCCGUGUCAGAAAAUUGAACUGUAGAUAAGCCAUGUGUACUUUGAAAGGAACAUGGACUUUUUGUCCAGUGACUGAAGAGAACUCACUGACUGAAUAAUCACACUAAGUAAAUAUGGUUGAAAAUUUGAAUUGGGCCUCUGCAAGGGAUUUAUGAUAACAUAUCUUCCAGGACUGGACCAUGUCAUAGAAAUAUGCCAACCACACAAGUGAGAAACUGUCAGAAACUGAGGCCUCUACCACAAGAUUUAAAUAAACAGAAGAUUUAAAAAAAUUCAUUUUAUAGUAUUUUAGCCAUAAGACAAGCCAGGUAUGAAAUCCAGUAUAUGAUGUCUUGAUGUCUUAUACAAUAUAUACAUGAAUAUAAAUGCAUUUCAGAAGGUUUUGUUCCAAUAUCAAUGUUCAUGAUUGAUCUCCUAUAAUUGCACAUCUUCAUAUAUGAUGCAUGAGAGAGAUUUCCAGUGAAGUGCCUACAUUUACAAAAUGCAUAUUGAAGAGUAUGUGUACCAUAGGGCAGCAACAGGCCUUUUCUUUCUAACUUUAGUGAACAGUAUUUUAAUUUAUAAAAUUGGAAUUAGCCUUAUCUCCCAUGGCUUCUUUCCCCAUUCACUGACUCUUCUUUUAUCUCUACUUUUUAAUGAUCCCAUACACACUGAAAUAUUCAGCAUAGGUUUUUCUUUUCUUCCUUCAAUUUAGAGCACCCAGCACUAAUGGGAUUGUCAGCUUUGCCAUUUAAAGCUACUAAUCCAAAGCUUACAACACAUCUGAAUAUUUCCCCAAGAAACUCAGACAACACAUUUUUUAAAAGAUCAAAUUGAUUUUGCAACUGUUUAUUUAUUGCUUCAUUUUUUCCUGAAUAUCACUUCACUUUGUUUACCAUGAUUUGACUGUUGCUUCUCCCUGUUCCACGAUGUGCUUCAGCUUUCUCUUUUUUUAAUACCACUGUGAGAAAAAAAGACAGCAUUGCAUUUAUUUCACAUUUGCUAGCUUCAAUUGUUUUGGUACUCAGAUCUGACAUUAUUUAAACAAUGCCUUUUUUCUAAUUAUAAA